CUCAACUUUAAAUUAUAUCCACUUUUUUACAGCAUUUUUAUAAACAUCCUGUCAAUGGUUGCAUAAAUUUAAUCAUGGCUAGGGAAAAAAUAUUUGAUUCAGUUUUUCAAAAAGCUUUCACUGAGGCCAUAAACAAAGAAGACAAGUUACGAAAACAAUGGUAUUUAGAAGAGGAAAACGUUUUUCCUCACAUAGAACGUGUGAGUAUAGAUACAAGUGAUAGUGACAGCGAAAGUUCCACUUCAAUGCCAGAAGCGCCAGAAACUAAUAUUUGCAAGAACUGCGUAUCUUAUCCUCCUGAAUCUGAAAAAAAGAAAAUUAAAGAAGGCAAAGAGUCUUUCCUCGUCGAAAAAUGCCAGCAUGAUUGCGUGAACUAUAUUUUUCCCAUCUGUAACUAUUGCGAUUUUGGUUGGAAAUAUGGCUCUAGUAAAGAUGUCGUAUGCCCAAAACAUGGUCCGUAUAAACGAUAUAUAUUUCCUUAUCACUUUCCGACAGAGCCUGUCACCAAGAGUCAUUCAAAAAUUUAUUCGGAAAGGUCUCUGACUGAGUGAUAUCUAUACUAAAAUCGGAAGAUCUCAAUAAUGAAAUAAAAACACUAUAUACACUCUAGUAAUGCACUUCGAAAUAAUCUUAUGCAAAUGUAAUGAGAAAACUUUAUAUGCAUAUAGUCAGAAAACUCUC